AUCUUGGGGGUUCUAGCUAGCGUCCGUAAAUCUCCCCCCUGAUCUUGAGAUAUUGAAGCGAAACCGCACGCGUGAAAUCUACAACCCAGCUUUCUGUCAUUAUGGCGUCCAAAGUCGACCUUCCUACCCAUUUUCGAGAUUGGAAUGCGUCUUCUAAUGCUUCCGAUGGAGCAACGCAGAAGCCGAUUCCCCAGAAGGCGGUAUGGAAACGUCCUUGGUUUAUAGGCAUUGCUGCCGCAGUUGUCAUUGCCAUCAUCAUUGCCAUCGUCGUCCCGCUCGCUGUCGUUCUUCCCAAGAAGGGUAAAGGGAAACACGAUGCCACAGUCAUAGUGCCGCUCUACAUUUACCCCAAGGACAAUAGCACUUGGGCGCCACUUUACAAUUCCGUGUUGGCGCGGCCGACUCUCGACUUCCUUGUAAUCAUUAACCCAAGCAGCGGUCCUGGAACUACGCAGUAUCCCAACGACCAGUAUUCCGCUGCACUGCGUCAACUCUCGAAGUACCCCAAUGUCCAGAAGAUUGGAUAUGUUCGCACAGGAUAUGCCUCCAGAAACUUGACGGAUGUCAUUUCGGAAUUGAACACCUACGCCGGAUGGGCUUCAAAGGACGCGGCAUUCGGAAUCGACGGCAUAUUCUUCGACGAAUCGCCCCACGAAUAUUCCGCCGAGGCAGUUGACUUCAUGCUCAGCGCAUCUCGAGCUGUGAAAAAUGCGACGGGACUCCAAGCCAAAAAGACGGUGAUCCGCAAUCCAGGUGUGAUUCCAGAAGCUCGCUUCGACGACGCCAACACAGACAUUUCGGUCGUGUUCGAGCAGUCAUACGCCGAGUACCAAAGUAAGGAAUCUGACCUAGCCGCUCUCAAGGACGGCCGGGCCCAUCACUGCUACAUGGUGCAUUCGGUACCUGGCCUUGGCAAGGACAAACUGCGCGAUUUUGUGGAUGAUAUGAGCAAGCGGGCUGAAUACCUGUUUGUGACGUCCAACGACAAGGAGUACUACGAGAAGUUUGGUAGCGACUGGAGCGAUUUCUUAGACGUGGUGCCGGCGGCCAAGCGGCAGUGAGUUCCCGUAGACAAGUAAAAACUUCAUCCACUUAAUAAUAAUGGGGCGAUACAAGCCACCCAACCCACCCAACUGGCAGCGCAACCGUCACCCCGAAGCUGACCACGUGGAAUUUUUGGACUCAACAUUGACUAGUGUUAUCUUGUUGGCGUGCCAAUGUGCGCUGCACGAUUGGUGGUCAAAAUGGAAGGAGCAACACGAAGGAUCGAUGUUGCGAUAAGCUUCGCAGCGCUAACUUCAUCGGCUGCAUGCAUGUGUCCCGACUUGGCCGAUGAACGCCGGUGCGCGCAUUUGCGUCAAGGCUGCGAAAAUCUUCAAUCGUCUU